AUGGAUGACGACCCGCGACUGUCACAUUAUGUUUACAUUUAUAUGGCAAACAGAGAUAAACCAAUAAAAUUUGCAUUUACUGUUGGUGAUACUGUUGAAGACUUGUGCAUAAAGGUAUGCAAUGCCUUUAAUAUAAGUCCUUUAGCAAGACAUCUAUUUGCAUUGCAAAGUUAUUCUUCAAAACUAUGGUUUCCUUGUGGCCACAUACUUGAAGAGGAUUCUGAAAAGUACAGAUUCAACUUUCGCUUAAGAUUCAAACCAUCCAGUAUGGACAGACUGAGAAAGAUAGAUUUAAAUGCAUAUAAUUAUUAUUUUGAACAAGUUCGCAGAGAUGUAUUGGAUAAUAAAGUACCUGACAUUGUUUAUGAGAAACAUAAACAUGAACUAAUUGGCCUAGGAGUUAGCGAUAUGUAUAGGGUAAUGUUAGAAGAAGAACUCCCACGAGAAAUUGUAGAAUCAGACUAUAAGAAGUACAUACCUAAAGAAUGUAUAAAAAGACAUGCCUUUUUUAUUAAAAAACCUAUUCACAAUGCACUUACGAAAUUGUCUGGAUAUGAUGCUGCAUACGUUAAGGAGCAAUAUUUGAAGCAAUUUGAACGUAUGGCUCCAAAUUAUCCAUACGAAGAGUACACGGCAUUAAUGGAUAAAGAUGUUCCUAAUUUAAAAGCUAAAGUCUUACUUAGGGUUACUAUAGAGCAAGUAAAAUACUGUGAGAUUGACAUUGGUACUUGGAAAACGAUUUGUAGGAUAGAGGACAUUUCCACUCUUUCUAUAGGAAAGAACAAUACUGUAUUAAUUGGGAGAAGAACUGGCAUACCAUUAUGUGUACAAUUCGAAACAAAAUCGAUUUUAUUGUCAUUUGUAUCUGCACUGGACGGAUAUUAUCGCUUAUCUGUUAAGUGGAAUUUCAAUCUCUGCAGUGGUGAUACUAGUAUUAUCACACCUUCUUUAGAGAGAUUACAAAAAUUGAGGUGCCAUGGACCAGUUGGAAAAGACUUCUCGUACACGAAACUUAAGGAAAAAUGUGCUAACGAGCCAGGAAGUUACAUACUGCGUGAGAGUGAAACCGAGUAUUGUGUUUACUAUAUCGACGUUUACAACAGAGAUGGAACUAUAUCUUCGGAAAAAGUGAUACAGACGAAACCUGAUAAAUUUGAAAUGACAACAAAUAGUGCUCGGGUGUAUGAAUCUUUAAGGCAUUUAAUUUCUUCAUUCCAAAAUCCCAAUGAAUCAAUAUACUUUGGAAAGUGUUUAGGAUUUUCAGAAUAUGACAAAUCGAAAUUAUUACUUUGCGCUUCGGAAAAUGUCGUAAAUGAAGUGGCAGUAGACGAGGAGAUAGUCACCACUCUAUUGCAAGGUGGACCGCGAUGCAUAUCUGAAAAUGAGUUGCAGAUAUACAAAGCAAUCGAAAAAAGCGAUGAAGAUUUGACUUGUACUACUACAAUGACGAGUUUACAUCGAGCCAUAUGGCGAGUUGCUAAAGGCAAGAAGCUCGAAGUCAUGAUGAAGAUACUCAAGAUGGGGGAAAAUAAUUAUACCAAAGAAUUUUUAGAGUUGAUCGGCAAGUGGAGCCAGUUGCGAUCAGGAGCACUAGUUAGAUUGUAUGGUAUAACUGUAACACCGAUGAUCGGAAUGCUACUCGAGUUGGUAAAUUUAGGACCAUUGGACAAGUACCUGCACAGUAAUAGUAAGUCUGUACUUACAGUCGACAUGGUAGAAGCUACUGUUUGUCUGGCAACAGCUCUAUGGCAUUUGGAGGAGAAUCGUGUAAUUCAUGGAAAUAUAAGAUGCCGGAACGUUUUCGUGCAUUCGCAUACAGAUAACAGUUUCAUUGUCAAGUUGGGAGAUCCUGGUCUCUUCACUUACACCGAGGACGACAUAUAUUGGAUACCGCCAGAAUACUACGAGGAUUUUGCAUCCGCAAAAUAUAGCCUUCAAGCGGAUAUAUGGGCGUUGGCGACAACUAUUUGGGAGAUAUUUUCUAGAGGGGCUACCCCGCCUAAAUAUCAUAAAAUUCAAACUGUUAAAAUGUAUUAUGAAUGUGGGAAUCGACUGCUUCCUCCAAAGGACUGUCCAAAUGAAAUCUAUAAAUUAAUAUUGGAAUGCUGGGGCAAAAAUAAUGUACCAAGGAAACAGCCUCAGGCUAUCAUGCGAGAUAUUAAUCAGAUUCUAUAUGAAGUAUAUAAUGCUCGUAGAACUCAUACUUAUGCUACUAUAUGUCCCAAGCUGUUCAAAGAAGUGGAUGGAAACAAUGACGAAAAUGGCAGUAUAUUUACAGAAGAAAGCAAAUCAAAUAGUGAAUCGCAAACGAGUUUAGUCACUGAUUAUACCAGUAUUACUUGGAACGAUCACGAUCAUGUUACAGAGCAGCUGGUUAGUUACCAGAAUCAAGACAGUAAUAGGGACGAAUUGUCAUUUUAUUUGCGUUGGCUAAAUAGUGAAUUGUACAAGAUGCCAGAUAAUGGUAGCGAUUGUGGUCCGAGCUGCGACGAAAGCUCAGGCAAAACCAACAAAAGUAAAAUUAAUGACAAAAAAGCUUGCAAUAGCAAAGAUAGUUCCCAAUGGCAGCGUACCUAUGAGAUAAAUGAAAACUUGGAUGUGAUCCUGCAAGGACGCAUAGGCGAAGGUUUCUACGGUGAAGUGUAUAAGGGUACACUCAGAAGGCGCAAUGGUAAGGAAGUUGACUCAGAACAAGAUGUUGCCGUCAAGAAACUCAAGACGCAGGAGGAUUCAGAAAACGUGCUUGAUUUCGAGAGAGAAAUUAAAAUCAUGGAGAGGCUCAAACAUCCUAACAUUGUGAAAAUUCUAUGCUCAGUGGAUCGAAUCCUGGUGAUGGAAUUUAUUCAAUAUGGUUCAUUGUUAAGUUAUCUAAGUUCCCAUCGAUUUAGUCUUGCAUAUAAAACACUAUUAGGCUUCGCUCUGGACAUCGUCGCGGGCAUGGAGUAUCUCGGUAGUAUGAAUAUUGUUCACCGAGAUCUAGCAGCAAGAAAUAUCUUGGUAACGAGCGAGGAUCGAGUAAAAAUUAGUGACUUUGGUCUCGCGCAAGUGAUAGCUGCGAGUGAUUAUUAUGUUUUUAAAACUCUUCGUAAUAUUCCAAUAAAAUGGUAUGCACCAGAGAGUUUGAGGCAUAAUAAAUUUUCAACGCGUUCGGAUGUAUGGUCAUUCGGCGUGACGAUGUACGAAGUUUUCAGCUACGGCGUCGAUCCACAGUUGUCAAUCAGAAUGGGUGAGAAAGAAAUCUUAAUGACAACUAUAACUGACCUAUUGAACGCAUUGGAACGUGGCCACCGUCUUCCUUGCCCAGACAACUGUCCACAGGAAAUCCAUAGAAAACUGAUGCUAUCAUGCUGGCAACUGAAUAGCCACGAGAGACCGAUUUUCUCUACUUUACGUGAGGAUAUCGAGCAGCUGCUCUGUAAUUAUUAGGAUAUUUCGCGAUUUCAUCAAUCGUUUGUUGUUAUUUUAAAAAUGUAUGACGUAUCUCACUCGUGAUUCUUAUACAACCCUAUGAAAUUUAGUUCAAUAGUUUUUAGUGUCCACGUAAUGUCGUUGUGGCGCUGACAACAUAUUCAACACAUUCAACUCUGUCAAAUGUAUACAUAUGCAUUUGUUGCGGGCAUAUUUUUAACGCUGUUGCACAUUCUUCAGUUGUAUUUCAUAUGUCUAAAAUCACAGAAAAAUUUCAUAGGGCUGUUUUUAUAUCAAUGGAAGAUUCUUUGAUAAGUUAACGAUAAAUAACUUAUUUUUCGUAAAAGUUAUUUUUUCCUUUACAGGAAUAUAUUUCUUUGUAGAGAAUUAUGUAUAGGUAUAUAAUAAGUAUUAUGUGUUAUUUGCGAAACACCUCCAAUUAGCUCUAACUUUAAUAAAUAUUAUCAGAUUCGUACUAAGUAAUCUCCAGUAUGAAAAAGCUGGAAAAUAUUUAAACAAAAGUUGUGAACAAAAACGAUAUCUGUAAUUGUUUUGUUCCACAUAGCUUUUCAACUUUUCUGUGAAGCAAGAUGCAUCCUACUCUCUCCCUUCCUAUGCUUUAACAAAGAUUUGCCCCUCCCUAAAAGCAUUUCUAUAUUUCAUUUCCUUAGUAGUUUUGUUGAUUGGUAUUGAAAAAAAUUGAUUUUUCGCACCAGUAGCUAUUAUAGACAUUUACCGAUGAUUUUGAUAUAAUAUUUGACUAAACUGGAGCUAUUUUAGAUUUCGUUAAUAAUAAAUAUUUACUCUAUAUAAUUAUAUGUUAUUAUAUUAAUAUUAAUAUAUAAAAUUUAAUAUAAUUACAUAUAUCAAAUUUUAUAUAUAAUUAUAUAUCAAAUCUAUAUAUUUUUAUAUUUUUAGAUAAAUAAUUGUUUAAGAAAAAUAUUAUUCUUUUAUCAAAAUUUUAUUUAAAAAAAAUAGGAAUCAAAGAAUCUGCCAUGAGAAAAUUAACAAUUUUUCCGAUCUUCGCAUCUUGUAUAGAAGAGAUGUAUCUAGUCGAAGAUUUGUCGCCAUUUUAUCAUGUAGUGUGUGAAAUAUAUAAUUAAGUAUAGUGUCAGUUUAUUGUUCUUGAAACAAUUUCUAUACCUCUACAUUCACAUAAAACACAUUAUAUCACGAUACAUAAUCAUCCUAUACCACUUGUAUUUUUUCAUAGUUACAUGUAAAUUGUUUUGUUAUUUGUAUAGAAAUAUAACAAAGUUAUUCAAGUCA